UUUCCAUUCAUUUCUCCCUGUCUCGCACUCUUCUGUUGCCGCAGCGCGGGUGAGCCCCAGGCUGCCUCCCGUCAUUCACGCCGUUGCUGGUUGAGACGUGUCCCGAAGUCCUCUCGCUGUCUUGCUGUUGUGAGGGCUGUUUGCCGCACAUUUUGUUUUCUUUUGACCUCGUCCCGGGGGUGCUCCCUCGCUACGUGUGACUAUGGGCGACCCGAGGGGAUACUCGGAGCCGUCCGAGGACAAGACGGAGCCGUUUUCGCAGUCGGAGAUCCAGGCCAGGCUGCAGCGUUCGCACCUGGAGGAGUUCAACGCCAUGAACAGCACAGUGCCCCUGGACAAGCUGGUGGUCCCACUAGACGAGGAUAUCCGCAUUCUUAUGAGGCCGCUUGCCCGGGACCGCACUGUCCGGGAGGAUCAGAACCUCCUGCCGCUUGAGCUGCGCGCCGAGGAGGAGGACGAGGCGCCGCAUCAAGUCCUGGCCGUCCGCCAGACCAGCAGAGACAUCAGCUAUACCGUAUCCAUUCCCGAUUACAGCAAUCCGAACCGCAGGCUGAUCUGCGUCCUCUAUUACGACCCGGCCAGCGACAACCAAGUCCUCGUGAACCGCUCGCACAUGCCGUUUACGCUCUCCAGGAUAUCCCAGGAGCCAGAGGGCAGCCGGGGCGAGCAAUAUCAGGUUAAUCCACAGUUCAGCAGGGCCCUUGCACCGGGCACUUGGCGGAUCACGAUGGAAGGCGUCGAUCUGCUCGACUUCCGUCUCCUUGAAAGACGGCCGGUGCGGCUCCGGGCCGUCUCGAGCGCGGCUUCGGACCUGUCUGGGACGAGUGACAGCACUGUGAACUCGUCGGGGAAGAGGUCGUUUCUGGCCGACGAAGACGACCCCGUCAGUCCCCAGAAGCGGCGGCGCCCCUCGAAGGACGCUCGGGGCAAGGAGGAGGAGGACAGGGUCAUUAUGUUUCUGCCUGCCAAGGCCACGACCAAGACCGAGCCAGGAAAAGAGCUCUCAGCACCCACCGGUCACCCGCUCUUGGACCUGGAGUCGGACGAGACCGUGGAGGUUCCGCGCGGGGGCGGGGUCGUCGGCUAUACACUCACUAAGAAGGAACCAAUCGCCUCGACGGCUCUCUCAAGCGUCUUCACGGCCGAAUACUCGGACGCUCCCGGCCGGUACGUCGUCGCCAAGGUUUUGCGAACCACAUCACCGGCCACGGCCAAGAACAACGAAGGCGCCGUCGCCAAGACCGUGAUCCGGCAGGCCCAGACCUGGCUGCGCGAGUUAGAAAACCUGGAGAGGCUCAACCACAAGAGCAUUGUGCGCCUGUACGGCGGCGAUGCCCGCUUCCUCUCGUUGUACAUGGAACCGGUCGAUGGCCGGGAUCUCUCGGCCAGAGACACAUGGCGACAUACCUCGACCGACCGCUUCCUAGGCGACUCUUCCGACGCCCUGCGCAUCCUGGAAGACAUCUCCAGCGCGCUGCAUUACAUGCACGGGAAAGACCUCGUACACAACGAUAUCAAGCCGGGUAACAUCCUGUACAGCCGAGAGCGUGGCGCCGUGCUCUGCGACCUGGGCCUCUCCUCGGAGAAGCCGAGCCCCUCGUUCGGCGGCACGCCGUGGUACGUGCCGCCCGAAUUUAUCGGGUUAGGGAAACGAGGGGCCCCGAGCGACGUGUGGGCUCUCGGCGUGGUGAUGCUCUACGUUCUGGACAAGAUCCCGUGGCCGGAAGUAAGGGGCCAUAGGAACCAUCCCCGACACCUGUUUUGGAGGAUUGCCGAUGUCCACGAGCGGGACCGCAACCUCCAGGCGGCGGCCGUCUCCAGUAUGCAGCGGUGGCUGAGCGAGCUCAAUGCUGUGCGGAACCAGCUCGAUCUUAAGAAUAAGGUUGAGCGGUUAGUGCACGGCAUGCUGGCGCCUAACCCCAAGGAACGGCUUACGACGGGGGAUAUCAUCAGCCACCUGUUUGCUGCUCAGUCGCCGAGGAGGUGAGCGGCGGUCACAGCUGGAUUGGAUAUUCUUAGACUCUGCAAUUAUACCCGUAUGCCGCUCACCGCCAACUAUCGGGAGUGAUGUGUCGGAGAUGCCAAAUGGGAGAUU